AUGCAAAUACACUUGCACACUCAUCGUCGCCCGGCCCGACGAGGCCAGACUAGAGGGUACCGGCGACCAACACGGUACUACAACUAUAGUCAUCCCGAAAAUUAUUAUACGCCAGGCCAACCAGGUGGUUGGCCAACAUAUCAGCCAGGAAUCCAACAAUCACGAGGCGGAAUGCCUCGUGGUACCUUUUCGCGCGGCGGAAGAACGCGUGGGGGAAUGCCUCCACAGGGAGGUAUCCCCUACGAGGGACAUUACAUGCAGCCUUACGGCGGAAUGGCUUUUCCCCCGCAAGCGGAGAAUAACAUUCCACCUUACGGCGGAAUGAACAUUCCACCGCAAGGUGGAAUGAACAUUCCCCCGCAAGGCGGUGUUAAUAUACCUCCGCAAGGCGGAAUGCCUCGUGGUACCUUUUCGCGAGGCGGAAGAACGCGUGGGGGAAUGCCUCCACAGGGAGGUAUCCCCUACGAAGGAUAUUACAUGCAGCCUUACGGCGGCAUGGCUUUUCCCCCGCAAGCGGAGAAUAACAUUCCACCUUACGGCGGAAUGGACAUUCCCCCGCAAGGGGGGAUGAACAUUCCACCGCAAGAUGGAAUGAAUAGUCCCCCGCAAGCCGGGAUGGGUAUACCUCCGCAAGGCGGCAUCAAUCUUCCCCCGCAAAACGGAUUUAACAUACCGCCGCAAGGCAUGAACAUUCCCCCACAAGGCAUGAACAUCCAAGAAUGGGGUUAUGGCUAUCAACACGAAAUGGAAGCAGAGGGACAACAUCACUUCAUGCCUACAAACUACGUAUUGUUCUCACAAUAUCAUGCGUAUUCAUAA